CCAAAUGAAGUUAAUAUUGGGCCUUGGCUCAAGUUACAGUUUUCCAGAUUUUCAUCAUUUUUCUGUGUUUACGUGAGUCUCUCUGAAUAGUCAUUGCAAGGCCGAAGCUUAAGCCACUGAUUUGCUCGGCGAGUCUUGAGCUCUGAUUCUGAACAGGAAGAAAUGGGAUUUAUAAUGGAGUUUGCGGAGAAUUUGGUUCUGAGGUUGAUGGAGGACCCGAAGGAGAGGGACAGGAAAUUUAGGGAACGUUUGUAUGAGAGGAAAGAUAGGUGCAAGAAGACAAAGGAGAUGUGGAGCUAUCCACUGCGUCCGUACGGGUUCUGGACAUUUGAGAGACAUAAUGCUCAGCUCCGUUGGGAUGCUCAGAUUAGCCAGGUGCCUGGUCGCAGGGACCCUUAUGAUGACCUUCUUGAGGAAACCUAUGGUACCACUGCCUCCAAAUAAAUUGCAGAAGCUCUGAUCCGGGCGAAUGGAAUGAUCUAUAAGUAUAUAAGGAGGAUGGUGAAAGAACAAUCAAUUUCAUUUCUUAUUUUUACCCUCAAUCUGUUGAACUGUUUAUGUAUGUUUCAUAAAGUUUAAUCUCAGUAUUCCAGACUUGCGUUUGAAUAA